AAAGAAGCCCUUGCUCGACUGAACGGCGUUAGCUCCAACAACAGAAACGUCGAAUUCGAAAUCUCUCGGAUACAAAAUGCCAUAGAAUCCACUCCAUCAUCAUCAUCUAAGGUUAUAUUUAGAAGCAGCAGUGACUGUCGUCUUGGGUACCGUUUCAUGUUGUGCAUUGUGAUUCAGACGCUUCAGCAGCUUGGUAAUAUUCCCGAAAUAGUCGCUACAUCCUCCUUGGCUUGGAAAUUUUUGUGUUUUUUCGUGACAUUUGCAGUCGUGGACCGUCUUGGGCGACGUUCUCUCUUUGUGGUCAGCGGCUCCGGAAUGUGCCUCUGCAUGGUUGUGAUGGCUGUCACGAGCAGUCUUUCGGCCUCUAAUCAGAUCUCAUCAAUUGUUUCAGCGGUGACGAUUUUUGUUUUCAACUUCUUCUUUCCUAUAGGGUUUCUUGGGGGCAAUUUUCUAUACUGCGCUGAAGUUGCCCCAAUUUGUCUUCGGGUUGCAAUGUCUUCAAUUUACACGGCCAACCAUUGGCUCUAG